GGCUGGGCAGGUCGGCUGGGCAGGGGUACCUACUGUAGUGCCACGGGACCAGCGCAACGACGCCAGCCAAGUGGGUGUGCCUGCGAAUAAAAGGCCCCAGGGGUCCAACGCUUUCGCCUUCUCCUGACCCUCAUCAACUCCUCGUCCCCGGCCCUCUUCCCCUCUCAUCUCCAGGUCGCAACUCCCACUCUCCUUCUCAUCCUCACAGUCUUUACCAACACCAACACACAAUGUUCAACAAGCUCUCCCUCCUCGCCGUCCUGGCCCUCGCCGCCGUUGGCCAGGCCAAGUACGACACGCCCGACAACCUGCCCGCCAAGACCGACUCCAAGGGCGGCCAGAUCGGCUACAACGACUGCCGUAAGCGCUACGGCGAGUCGAGCCAGAAGUCGAUGUGCCAGAACGCCUACAUCAACUCCAUCAAGGACUUCUGUCUUUGGGGUCCCCCCAAGGCCGGCUCCACCGUCGGCGACACCGAGGCCAUCGAGGUCGCUUGGUGCCUCAAGUCCGGCUACGGCACCAGGCUCAUCCCCAACGGUGCCAUCAAGGGAGCGCACUUUUUGAAGACACCAUCUUACGUCCAGGUUACCGGUACCGGAGACCUCACCAAGAUCAACGUCAAGAAGGGCGACGACGGUGGUGAGCUCGACCCCCACGGCGCCACCGGCUCUGGUAACCCCGUCGGCGGUCUCGUCUACACUCGUGCCUACACCGGCCAGUUUCAGCGAGUCUACGAGUGGCAGAACUUCAUUUCCGACAGGGAAUUCUGCUUCCGUGCUUGUAAUCCAAAGGGGGCCAAUCAGAAGGAGUGGUGCCCUCACAUCUACGACGUCAUGGGCUGCUACUGGAAUGAACCCGCCAAUUACAACGCCGGAUCCUGGGACCAGUGCGACGGUACCGAGGGCGAGUGGCCCGGUGUCUACCACGGCUCGACCUUCUACCAGGGUCAGAAGCACACCCCUGGACCUCAGACUCCUGGCAAGUCGUCCAACUGCCGCGCUUACCCCUCGCUCACCUCUGGUGGCGACGCCAUCAAGAAGCCCGGAUCCAAGCGCCAGGUCAUGGAGACCGCUCGUCCUGUCGCCUAAGGAGCACACGCUCGGCGCACGUUUUUCAACUUCGUAGGAUAAGAAUCAACUCGCCGAUCCGGCGUCUGUAUCUUGCGAGCGUCGUACCCAGCCGGCACCAGCUUUCACUGCCUUCGACGCACCCUGCUCGUUUUCUUCGUCUUCUCGCUAGCUACAUUUGUCAAUUUCAUCAUCGUCUUAGUCAAACUCAACAACAUGGCCCUGCUACAGCUCCGAGACGGCUGGAUCAUGCGAUGCGACUGAAGCGGCAUCAGUUACAGGUUCACGGCUCUCGAUGGCUCUGAACAUACGCUCUCGUCGGGUCUGCCCUCCUCUGUACCGCUCUCAGCAC